CGCGCCCUCUGGGUGCUGCGCGAGGAGCCUGAUGGGGAGACACUUCGGCAGCGCUUCGCCCAGUUUGGCUUCGAGCCGCGGAAGCCGCCCGAGCCGCGGCUCCCCCGGCGCCGCAAGCUGCCCAGGGCCGCGGCUGAGGAUUUUUUGAUCCGCAACGCUUUGGGCCCUCCCAGCUGGAGCGGCCUCGGUGGCCUCCCGGACCCGGGCUCCGAGACGGAGCCCGAGGAGGAGGCUCCGGAUUACGAGGCCCGGAAGGCCCAGAGGCAACGCGAGGACCAGGACCAGGAGCGGAGCUUCUCCGCCUUCCUCCAGCAAGGUGCGCAUGCGCCAGAUCGCCGGGCCAAGCGCCUGGGCCCCUUCGGUGCGGCCGCGCAUCCUCUCAUGCUGCGUCGUGCAGAGCGCCGCGCAGGGAAGAUGGCCGAAAUCUCCUUGGAGCUUGGUCCGCUCUUCAAUGGGGAGCCACCUGGGCAAAAUGCAGAGUCCAUCAGAUGGAUAUAG